AUGUACGAGAAUCCAGUAUCUGCUAGACUACUAGUCGGGCAGGUGAAAUCUCCAAACGGUCCGACCAAAAUGCGACAACAAAAGUCCCCUUUACACACCAUGGAGCAAAUUCGGCACUUUGUAGAAACGUUAAAUUUUAGUCGAACUACAAUUCUCGUCCUCAUUGUUUACACUAACACGUUGGAUAAUAUUCUACUAACAUCAGUUGUACCCAUUAUCCCAGAAGUAAUGAUGGAGAUUGAUAAAAACGAAGAAUAUGUUAAAGGCGGAAAUGACAGCAUUAGUCUGGAUACCGCUUCUGGUGAUCGGAAUGUGUCGCUCACAUUUACGAAACAAUUGCUACGAGAAUCUUACAAAGCAGUAGACGAAAACAGCCAAGUUGGGUUUCUUCUCUCGUCCAAAGCACUAAUUCAGAUCAUCGCAAAUCCUUGUGUGGGAUUUUUAUCGGAAAGAUGUGGUUAUCAUCUUCUCCUAGUUGUGGGCACUUCCUUACUUAUCAUCACCUCGCUGGUUUACACGUGUGCAGGGUCGUUUGCCACCUUCCUUGCUGGAAGACUUGUUCAGGGUAUUGCGUCAGCCUUCUGUUCCAUUGCUGGUAUGAGUAUACUGGCUGAACUUUAUCAGAGUGACCUUGAAAGAAGCAAGGUCAUGGGUGUUGCUAUGGGAGGAGUGGCUCUCGGAGUUGUAGUGGGAUACCCUUUCGGGGGCUUUUUGUAUGCCUUCUGUGGACAAUCAACACCAUUUUUUAUUGUGUCUAUCUUCAUUAUCAUCGACUUAGUUUUUCAGGUCUGUAUCAUCUGCAAAUCAAAUUGGAUGCCGGUCUCUGCCAAACAAAAGUCUACUUCACUCAUUGCACUCUUGAAAGACCCCCUAAUACUCAUCACUUCCGGAAUAAUCAUGGUCACCACUAUGGCGAUGUCAACUCUGGAACCUAUCGUACCUAUAUGGGUAAUCGAUACCAUGAAAGCACCAAAAUGGCAGUUAGGUCUGAUUUUUCUGCCCGAUAGCAUCGGAUACCUGAUUGGAACAAAUUUCUUAGGAGUAAUAGCAAUGCAAAUCGGAAGAUGGCUGUGUUCGCUCUCUUGCAUGAUUCUUAUUGGAUUUUGUGUAAUUUGUAUUCCUUUCUCAACAUCGGUUCCUCAGCUGAUUUUACCUCAUUUUGGUAUAGGACUGGGACUGGGUAUAGUUGAUGCAGCCUUGAUGCCAUUGCUAGCUUUGUUGGUGGAUACUCGUCACGUGACUUCAUACGGCAGUAUUUAUACUAUUGCCCAGUUAUCUGUCAGUUUGGCGUAUGGAAUAGGACCUUUACUGGGAGGAGAGCUAGUGAAGCUGGUUGGGUUUCAAAGUUUGAUGUGGUCUUUGGGAUGUUUGCUAGUGUUAGUAAGCCCGUGUGCCAUUUUCCUGCGUUCUAUGAAAACUAAGGAGGAAAACAUGUCUUUAAUACUGAAUACAGAAGAAGAGGCUCUACACAGAGAAUUGACGUCAGAGUACAGGAGGCUCUACACGGAGAAUUGA